AUGACCAUUCCACCUCUAUACUAUAAUAGUGAUUCACAUUCCUUUGGCUUUUCCACCGCCAGGUUGAGAUGGCCAAAAAUCCUUCACACGGCAAUCGAUGACACAGCUCGUGAGAUUUCAAAUACAGAAGAUAUUGAUGCGAAAACGGAAGGAGCACAAAUCCUUCAGGAAAUCACCAAAUUGAUUGAAGAGUUACAAACGAAUUCUUGUCUCAGAUCGUUUUCUGACUUAUCCAUUCCAGGGUUGAAGUCCUAUAAUGAAACCUUGUCGAGAUUGGGAGAAGUUACCUGGUUGACUGGCCCUUGGUUAUUCUGUGAGUGUUACUUAUACAGACGUCUGGAUACGAUAUUCAAGACCAAGUCAAAAUGGCUACACUUUGAUGUUUUUGACAGGCUCAAGCGAGAAACAUUCAAGUCAUCGGCCCUUGGAAUAUACGAGCUUGCCAUUAGAUAUAAACAGCUGAACAGCCAAAUUCAAGUGAAAAAAGAUAACGAUCUGGAUAUGGAAAGCUUGCAAUUAUUAUUCGAAGAGUUUGUUGAUAUUUCAUUGUGGGGUAAUGCUACCGAUUUGUCGUUGCUAGCCAAUGCAACUUUAGAUGAUAUCAAAUCCGUUCAAGGCAAAGAGGCGCGGGCAAAGUCGUCAAAGAAUAUCUUGUGCAACGAUCUACCCCAAGCUUGGAAUCGUCUUCGUUCUGUACCAUUGGCAGAAAAGCGGGUUGAUUUUGUUUUGGAUAAUGCAGGUUUUGAGUUGUUCACAGAUUUGAUGCUCAGCUUGCUAUUACUUGAUACAGGAAUCAUCGAUAAAGUGGUUCUACAUUGUAAAUGUAGACCAUGGAUGGUAAGUGAUACCAUGAUUAAGGAUUAUUACAUUUUGAUCAACGAUCUAAAAGACAGUUCCAUUUUUGGUGAACACAGAAUUGAAAUGGAUUUCCUGGUCUCAAGAAUUGAAAGUUAUAGAAACCAAGGAAAGAUUGAAUUGCAAGAGUCGGAAUUUUGGACAGUCGAUCUAGAUUACUGGAACUUGAGCCCUUCGGAGACCACAUUUGGGGGGGCUGAGCUGUACAAAUAUUUCCAGAACUCCUGUUUAGUGAUUUUUAAGGGCGAUCUUAAUUACAGAAAACUGACUGGAGACAGACAUUGGCCAAGAGAUUCCCCAUUCACCACAGCAAUCAAUACACUCGCAACUUCAAAAAUCCAUAUUCUUGCAUUGAGAACGUGUAAGGCAGACGUUUGCGCAGGCUUGCCACCUGGAAAGGACGAGGAACUUUCUCAGUACUGGAAAAGCUUGGGAAAUGAAUUCGGAGAACUUUGGUGCUCGAGUGGGAAGUGGGCGGUCAUAUCAUACAGCGAUGGUGAGAAUCAUUCCCGUGACCCAUGCACCAGUGAUAACUGA